AUUAACUCCCAAUGGUAGGCAAACUUGCAGAAUACUUAAUGUCGGGACUGAGCGUAUGUAUACUAUAAAGCUUUUAGUAAUAACUUAGAAAUCACUAUCCUUUUCAUGUAAAGUACUUAAUUACAGGUUUGCUGGGAUAGAAAUUGUUAUACGAUAAAGUGCCAUCUGUUGUGAAAAUGGUUGACAAUCACCUUUGUUUUGAUUUCCUGUAAUUUUGUGUGGGGCUCCCAGAAAAGGUAAUUUUACGGUAUUUACAUCCAAUGUCUCUGGUUAAAUUUACCAGAAUCACGCGGAGAUACUUCUCUGGCACCCAUAGUACCAAUUUCCUACUGGAAAAUCUAAAAAACAGAGCUGUAAUUCGCGUCUCCGGAACCGAGAGCAGUACCUUUCUGCAGGGACUCAUCACGAAUGAUAUUCGACAUUUAGACCAUGGAGGUCCAGGGAUGUUUGCAAUGGUACUCAACAAGGCUGGUAGAAUCCUCUACGACACCCUUAUCUAUCGCUCAACCCCCGAAACUUUCCUGGUAGAAUGUGAUAGGGAUAUUUUGCCUGAACUGCGGAAGCACUUGCUGAUAUUUCGUGUCCGGAAGAAGAUUUCCAUUGAUUCUCUGGAUUCAGAAAUGAAUGUUUGGGUUGUUUUCAAGGCAAAUGGACCAACCGGAGAGAUUGGUAUGGAGAAAAGUCCGGGGGAAGUGAUUAUUUGCCAAGAUCCUCGACUUCGAGAUUUAGGAUGUAGAAUCCUUGCUUCUAAAUCUCUUGAUUCUGGUCAAAUUUGUCAGUCUCUGGGGCAAUGUAGUGUCGUGGAGGAUACUUAUAGAAGUCAUAGGUAUGGUUUGGGUGUCGGAGAGGGGAUUAUUGACCUUCCACCGACUAAAUGUUUUCCUCUGGAGGCAAAUUGUGAUUAUCUUCAUGGAUUGAGUGUUCAUAAGGGAUGCUAUUUGGGUCAGGAAUUCACAGCUAGGACUUAUCACACUGGUGUAGUGAGAAAGAGACUGAUGCCAGUGAGCACAGGAGGAGAAAUUCCAGAUAAACCGGAUGUAACAGUGGAAAGUGAUGAAGGGAAAAAUCUUGGAAAACUCCGAGGAGUCGCGGGAAAAAAUGCUCUGGCUCUCCUUCGGAUUGAUCCUGCAUUGUCUGCUAAGAAAAUUCUUAUCAGAGGGAAAGAAGUGACCACAAAGAAGCCUUCCUGGUGGCCACAGGAAGUGCCAAAAGAGAAACCCUCUCAGUAGAAGAAAAAUUUGGAUUCAUGGAAGAGGAGAAUGUAGACAAGGCUGCGAAGGAAAGGAAACGACCGGAAGAGAAGCCACGAAUACCCUUUACCUGCUCCGUUUGUUCAAUGUCCGAGAAAUGCGACUAUGUUGGGAAAAAUCCUCCCUUUGCUCGAAAGAUUCAACUUACCGAGGAUUCCUACGUCAUGGUAGAUCCCUUCUCACCGCCCGUUCUGGAUUCUCGUGGCAAAUCUGCGGAGCGCUUCCUGAUUCUAGGUGCAGACUGCUGCGACUGUAAGAGAGUCGUCUGUCGCGGAAGUGAAUGCAGUUUCUUCUAUACAGCCACAUUCUGCACAGAAUGCGUCCGGAAGAGACUCAAAGAAUUCCCACUGGAAGUGCAAACAAAAAUUCGCAAACAACUACAGGCAACCUAGAUUUUAUUUAUUCUUUAUUCAAUUGGGAUUUUUUCUUAAAUUGUGGAUUGAGCUUUUUGGCCAGCUUCAUGUUCACCGAGCUGCGAUGUUUCUUGUUUUUCUGGAAGAUGAAUUAGUUAGAAAAAUACAAAUUCAUUUGGGCUCAGAAAAA